CGUACGUGGUCCGCAAAUAGCAGGGGGGAUUUCCCACUUCUUCGCGCGGUUAACCGUGAAAAGACUGACGUCACCGCGUCACCCAAACAACACCGUACAACGCGAUAUUUUCCUUUGGCAGCGCGGAACAGUCGAAGUCGGUUUACUGUAGUGGAUAUUGCCUUUCGUAAACGUCCGCCUGUGUGGUCAUUUGUUAUCCGGGACGGCCGUGAUUUAUUUGUGUUACGUAGGAGAGAUUCCGCGUCACGCGGGAAUAAAAAGCGGACUAGUUUUAAAGAGGCGAACAGAACCUUCGCGGAAGAAGUAAUGAACACCGUCUUCGUCAUAGUGGUAGCCUUGGUCUACGUAAGCAUUGCCGAAUGCUUCACGAAAUACGGUAGAACGUGCAAGGACAUUGGCUGCCCCAGUAACCAGCAAUGCGUUAUGGAAACCGACCCUUGCUCAUAUUACCAGAGGGAAAAUGAAUGCGGAUCGUACCCCACGUGCAAGCGGAUGAGCGGCAACACUGCGAGGACGUGUUCAAAUUUCGUGUGUCCGCCCAGUCAGACGUGCAAAAUGGACGGCGACACUCCCAAAUGCGUCGGCGACCAUUCCAAAAGUUUUGUGAGGUACGAUACCCAAAACGCCAACGCCCCGUUGGAUUCGUCGUCGGGGACGGGAGAUCACGCCCCCAGCGCGCCAUCAGGCGGAGGCAACCUCUAUCCCGCCAUACCAAAAGGAGAGACGACUCCAAGACCCAACGUGCACAGACCUGUCAGCGGAGGAGGUUAUCAAGGAGGUCAGAUUGGGUCAGGGUAUCCUGGAUAUGGUGGGCAGGCAGCAGGGGGAUACCCGCAACAGGGAGGCUACCCCCAAGGUGGGUAUCCGCAAGGUGGUUACAACGGUUAUCCUCAAGGAGGUUAUCAGGGAUACCCGCAAGGUGGAUAUCAGCAACAAUAUCCCGGAUACAACGGGGGAUACCAGCAACAGGGAGCUUAUAACCCGUACUACAACCAGGCGAGGCCUCAAAACUCCGGAUCGCCUUCCAUAACCGACAAGAUCACACAGUCGCUGAAGACUAUAGGUACUGAUUUGUUGAAAAACUAUUUGACCAAAGCAAUCACGGGCAGACACUAAUAUUUGUAGUUUUGAUCGACGAGAGUCACUUGCCAUUCCAAAAACGAAUAAUACUCAUUUUCUUUGCAGCUUUAAUCUAUGCCCAGUUGUACUACUUUCUAAGGUAGACCCACAGGGAGUGUAAGAGAAAUUAGUAGUUGUAAGUGCUUCCGAUCAGUUUGUACAUAUUUCUUUCAAGUCACCGUCGCUAAUCCCACCGAACGUUGACAGCAGGAGGGCCAGUUCCUCGGCACUCGGUGACCACAAGCUGUAGUAUACAUCGCGCACGAGUGGCCCUUUUCCCCUGUUAACGUUAGGUGCUUAUACUUCUAAAAAAUCGCCGCUUCAAAAUUUGGUGUUGGCAUUUCGUCGCUACUAAUUUUUUUUUACAACUCGCCCAUUCCAUCGCUGUAGAUUAGCAUAGUUCAUGCUUUUUUUUAGUUUUCGGUAAAAUUAAAAGGUUGUGACGUCGUAAAUCGCGAACAGAAUGUUACCAUUUUAUUGUUAACCCUAGCCGAAGUGUUGUAAGUUGUAUAGUUUAAUAAAAUUAUUUUUUACUCCAAA